GUGUGUCUGUGCGAGGUGUGACGUCACAACAUGGCGGUUCGAGGAAAUCGUAGUGCGGCGUGGCGUGUCGACGGUGCAACAGUCUGACAGCACCGCCGAAUGCUGGUUUUAAAUCAUUGGAAAACUCAUGGGUUCUCCGGAGAUGGCAGAAUAUUGUGAAUACAUGUGGAGCUCAACUCGGGCCCACACAAAUCUCGCUCUGGCACGCAGCCUGUACUACGAGCACAACCGACUCGAUCCUAAGGAUAAGAAAUUGGCCGUGAAGACGGUCAGGGCAAUCCUCACAGAUACGGCAAAUGUCGAUCUCAAACAAUGCACCGAUGAAUACAUAACGAGGUUCCUACACGCGCGGAAAUACCGAACAGAACAGGCUGCUGCACUGAUAAUCGCUUAUCAGAACCAGGUAGCCCAUCGACAGGAUAUUUUCGGAAACCUCACCGCCCGAGAUCCUGCUUUGCAGCGGGCUCUGCGUGCCGGUAUACCUGGUGUCCUUCCUGCCCGAGACAGGAAGGGACGAUGUGUGCUGGUGAUUCUGGCUUCUCAAUGGGAUCCCAUUGCUGUUCCGGCUCUUGCAGUGCAACGCGCGAUCUUUCUCGUCCUUGAAAUUCUCAUACAGGAUCCUCGGAAUCAGCACUCCGGAUUCGUGGCUGUAGUGGAUUGGGGCGGAUUUUCAUUGCGCCAAGGUGGAGCACUUGGAGCUGCUGCGCUUCGCAAUCUGAUAUCAGCUUUGCGGGGCAGAUUUCCAGCUCGAUUCAAGGCUAUCCAUUUCCUCUCAGCUCCACUCUGUGUCCAGGCAACUUUGGCCAUUGUGAAACCGUUUCUUGAUGAAAAAACGCGAAACAAGAUUUAUCUGCAUGGAAACAACCUCAGCACUCUCCACGAACACCUUCCAACUGACAUUCUUCCUGCUGAGCUGGGAGGUACAGGCCCUGCAUUCAACCCUGGACUGUGGGCUGAGCCAGUUAUUCAUUCAGCGAUGAAGGAGGCAGAAGUGGCUGCAACUCUUGCCCAAAAGGAGAGGGAAUCGCGAGCUAGGGAUUUGGUGGAACUUAUGCAGGCAAAAGGGAACAGCAAGAACGAGACGAGGACAAGCGGUACAGCCACAGAGUUGGUGGAAAUUUCAGGCUCGACAAAGUCUGCAAAGAUAAAUAAAGAGAGUGGAGUUGAGUCAUCGUCAACGGAUUGUUUACAACAAGUACAAGCACAGCUUCACGAAUGCCCGAACGAUGAUGCGAUUAACGCGGAAGCAAAAAAAUUACCCACAAGUCACUCGUCAAGCAAAUACAGUAAUCCUGUCGUCGGACCUGAUGAAAACGACCAAAACCGACCAACAAACGUCAUUCGUGACGAAGACCAGAUAGUUGAAAUCGAUGAUGAGCCGAAACAAGAAGGAGGGAAACAAGAUAAGGAGCUGGAUCAAUUAUCCAGUGUUGAUGUCGAGGUGAAGAAAUAUCGGGAACGUGAGAAUACGGAGAAGGAGAAGGAGACGGACGAUGUUCCUGAUAAUGUAGAGAAAAAUAUUAGGAGCGAAUCUAACGGCCUUCCAGAUGAUAUUGAGUCCUUGGAAAUUCUUUCGGAAACAAACAGCAGCAAUGACUUUGAAAUGGUGCCGAGCCGACCAGAUAGUGAGACCAGCAAGGAUAGUUAUAGUUUCGACCUUGAUCUUCACACGGAUAAAAUUGUUGUACGUGACGGUGCCAAGAGUGCAACGUUAUCUGAGGAAGCAAGCCUUGUUACGUAGCUGUAAAGUGACGAAAUAAACCCGUGGUCACUUUUAUCAUCGAAAUUUCUACUCAAAGAAAUUCGAUGCAUCAGAAAUAUGAAAACGGAUGUCUAUUUGAAAUGACAAUCGAUGAAUCCCAGAAACUAUCAUUAUUCAAAAGUUCCUAUAUACAUUUGUCUGGUAUCACUAUGUGUUACUGCCGAUUUUGAUAACCGAGUUCUGCUCGAUUAGCUCCUGAAAUUUCGAAUAGGGAGUCGUAGUAGUAACUGUGGAGAUACUGGUGAAAUUUUGAGUCAAGCUAGUUAUGCAAUACCCGGAAAUGCCGUUUUGUUCCGAGUAUUAGCCAAUGCCGGAUAUAAGACGACCCGCAAUUCUGAGACAGUAUUUCAGUUUUUUUUUUAUUUCUGAGUUGAUUUGUCUAGUUUGAUAUGUCACGAUUUUAUACACGGUUGACUUUGCGUUUUGCUAUAGUUAUCCAAAAGACAGAUGACAGGAAAAAUGAUUCAAUUUUUUUUUAAUUCUAACCGAUUUAGAAAUACCCAUAUUAUUUAUUUUAGUAUUUAUUUCACUGUGGUUUGACUUACGCUGUUAAAUUCAGGUCUCGAAAUUACUUUGGCGAUGAUCAUUAGCAUACUAUCAUGACUGCUUUUAUACUAAUUAUUCAUUUUUACUGGUAUGAUUUAACUGUGUGGCUUAGUGUUUAUGUUUUUGCGUGACAAAAAGUUAACAAAGAAUUUAUUAUCGUUGCUUUUUCGGAUAAUAAAUAAUUGACAAGAUAAUUAUUCGUUAUCGCCGUAAGUAUUUGCACAUUCUCAUGUUGUUGGUACAUCGACUGAUUGUUGGUUUGUUAAUUAACAACUGCUCUGUCAAUCUCACCGCACACUUCUGUG